AUGAAAGUACUGGAGGCCCGCAAUGCUUUCUUUAGCGACUAUGAAACGUUACAGUUUCUCUCCAAGCUCCAGAGACACCACCAUUGGGAUGACGAAUCCUCACAAGGCAAGCGUUUGAAAUCACAGAGACCGUACAAUCACCCACAAUUACAAGCAAUCACAUCAGAUACCCUCGCGUACCUGAAUGCAGACAAGGGACUCCCGCAAGAAGAUGGAACAAUACUACGUUCGCCUUUAAGUACACUGAAUGACGAACGAUUCACAGAGCUCGUUCGCGCACUAAAUAAGUUCGACCUUUUCCAGGCAGAGAAACUACAAAUUGUAAACCAAUUGCCAGGAACUUUAGUCCAUCUCUACGCGGUAGUAGAAGAAUGUGAUGCCCGUUUCACCCAGGAUCAACAACAACAAUUGAUAGAGUUGAUACAGAGUUAUCAUAGUUAG